CAGCGCCGCAGUUAACAGCUGUUUGUGGCUAGCAAAAUGAGCGGCGCGCAAGAAAACACAAUUGAAAUUUAUCCCAAAACGCGAUAUUUAAGUGCUUCAGAGCUUGUAGCACAGCGGCAUCCUGAAGUUGAAUCACCAAGAAACGGGCUUAAGCGCACCAACACUGAAGACAGUGCAGAGGAAACUGAGGAGUUAAAAAAUGCCUACGCUAAUUUGCGGAUGCAAUUAUCUGCUCGGCGUAUUGAGCGCCAUUCAGGCCGUGCUAUAGCCAUAUGGCGCGACGAUCAACAGGCUGCCGAAGUCGUGCGUAAAGAUGGAAAGUUUGAGAGUUUUGGCUACAGUCAACAAGGGAAGCUCUAUUUGGAAUAUUACGAGGCUUUAUUUCUGCUGGAAUUAAACCGCCUUCAAUUAGAGUACUGUGGAAUGAUUGUCUCCAUCGAACAGGCCUACGUCUUGUUGCUUGGUGAGGAGGCUAGUGAAAAGUAUAACAACUAUUUGGUCUAUUCGGCUUUGUCACGCGCUGGUUAUAUAGUUGUCAGGCAUCAGGAAGGGUAUCGAGCAGCGUCUAGUGACGUAGUUACUAGAGAUGACUGUAUUUGGGCUCUGUUGGAUGCUUCUUUAAGUAAUAAGCCUGUUCCCCUUCACAUCAAAGUCUCCCAAUUUUACAACGCUACGUUCGAGCGAAUGGUGCAGCUCAAGCAGCAAAUAAAAAAUCAAAGCACAGAAGCAACCACUGACGAGAUCAGCAUAAAUAAUGAGGUUAACGCCUUUAAGUUUGACACACGCAAGCGUAGAGCGCAAUCAGAACCAGCUGAGGAGCUAGCUAGCAAAAGGGCAAGUACAACAGGGAGAAGUCUUAUAGAUGACCUGAAAGAUGAGGAAAGCUACAGGAAAUUUCAACAAACUUUCGAAAAAUUGGAUAUAGUGCGGCUGCACAGCGUGGAUUACAACUGCGAUGUAGACUCGACAAUCCGCACCUUUAAGAUCACCUUUGAUUUGCAUCUUCAUAACGAAGGCUUCCGGAGAAGUUCUCCAAAGACACCCACCUUCAGCGUGAUUAUUCUACAGCACGACGAACCAUUUCCCACCCACAUCGAGAUGCUCCACUGCCAACGCCAGCAGAUGCGAGCAGAUGAGCGAGCGCCGCUGCUCGUCAUAUCCGUAAGCGAAUCGAAACACAUACAAGCGUUUCUUUAUUAUAUCAGUUAAUAAUUGCUCCUAUAAAUGUAUUUUGUAUAACCAUAUGGAAAAUAAUAAUUGCUAUUUUAUAUGCGUGUCCAUAAAAAGCUCUUUAAUUAUUUAGUUGACGUGCGUAGUUAAAAACUAUUCAA